GGGAGGGACAAGUGACGCGGGGAAGCGGGGCGUGGGGGAGGGCAGCGAUCCGGGUGGAGGAAAUUUGGGAGGAGUGUCCGGGGGGCAGCAACUUAAAAGGGGAGAGAACUGCAGCUAAGGAGACGUUCGGUGAUGGGAGUGCAAUGUACGACGAGAUAGGGUGCCUCAGGUUUAAAAGAGCAGGAAGCUGAGUGAGAGGUUGGAGAAAAAGUGUCUUCGCUCAGCCUAGGUUACAGGUGGUGUCUCAGAAAGAGCUCUGAGCCUGCAGGCUGUAGUCGGGAAGAGGAUCAGAGAACUCUGUGUAAGGGACAGUUUCGGGGCUUAGCGUCCUGGGGCGAGGGGAAGUUCACGACUUUCUGAGGACUGGCAGGAAUGUGCCUCCCGGCCCUCGGUGCUUCCCCCCUCGGGGGAGGCAUCGUGAGGGACUGUGUCAGGCUUCACUGAAUGCUGAACCGCGGAGGUCCAGCUCCACGUAUGGAUCCAGGGAAUGAGAAUUCAGCCGCAGAGGCUGCCGCGAUCAUAGACCUCGAUCCCGACUUCGAACCCCAGAGCCGUCCCCGCUCCUGCACCUGGCCCCUUCCCCGACCAGAGCUCUCUACAGAGCCGUCCGAGCGGCCCGAGGUGGAGCCAGGUCUGGGAGAGAAGGUACACACGGAGGGGCGUUCAGAGCCUAUCCUGUUGCCCUCCAGGCUCCCAGAGCCGGCAGGGGGCCCCCAACCCGGGAUCCUGGGGGCUGUAACAGGUCCUCGGAAGGGAGGCUCCCGCCGGAAUGCCUGGGGAAAUCAGUCAUAUGCAGAACUCAUCAGCCAGGCCAUUGAAAGCGCCCCUGACAAGCGACUGACACUCGCCCAGAUCUAUGAGUGGAUGGUCCGUACUGUGCCCUACUUCAAGGACAAGGGCGACAGCAACAGCUCGGCAGGAUGGAAGAACUCAAUUCGCCACAACCUGUCCCUGCACAGCAAGUUCAUCAAGGUUCACAAUGAGGCCACUGGCAAGAGUUCUUGGUGGAUGCUGAACCCAGAGGGAGGCAAGAGUGGCAAGGCACCCCGCCGCCGGGCUGCCUCCAUGGAUAGCAGCAACAAGCUGCUCCGGGGCCGCACCAAGGCCCCCAAGAAGAAACCACCUGUGUUGCCAGCUCCAUCUGAAGGUGCCACUUCAACGAGCCCUGUUGGCCACUUUGCCAAGUGGUCAGGCAGCCCUUGUUCUCGAAACCGUGAGGAAGCCGAUGUGUGGACCACCUUUCGUCCACGAAGUAGUUCAAAUGCUAGCAGUGUCAGCAACCGACUAUCCCCCAUGAGGCCAGAAUCAGAGGUGCUAGCAGAGGAGGAAAUACCAGCCUCAGUCAGCAGCUAUGCAGGUGUUCCUCACACUCUAAAUGAAGAUCUAGAGCUGUUAGAUGGGCUCAAUCUCACAUCUUCCCAUUCCCUGCUCUCUCGGAGUAGUCUCUCUGGCUUCUCUUUGCAGCAUCCUGGGGUUACCGGCCCCUUACACACCUACAGCACCUCCCUCUUCAGCCCAGCAGAGGGGCCCCUGUCAGCAGGAGAAGGGUGCUUCUCAAGCUCCCAGUCUCUGGAGGCCCUGCUCACUUCUGAUACGCCACCACCCCCUGCUGAUGUCCUCAUGACCCAGGUAGAUCCCAUUCUGUCCCAGGUUCCAACACUUCUGUUGCUGGGAGGGAUACCUUCCUCCAGUAAGCUGGCCACAGGAGUCGGCCUAUGUCCUAAGCCCCUAGAGGCUCCAGGCCCCAGCAGUCUGGUCCCCACCCUUUCUAUGAUAGCACCACCUUCAGUCAUGGCAGGUGCUCCCAUCCCCAAGACCCUGGGGACUCCAGUGCUCACACUCCCUACUGAAGCUGCAAGCCAAGACAGAAUGCCUCAGGAUCUAGAUCUUGAUAUGUAUAUGGAGAACCUGGAGUGUGACAUGGAUAACAUCAUCAGUGACCUCAUGGAUGGGGGCGAGGGACUGGACUUCAACUUUGAGCCAGAUCCCUGAGUCAUGGCUGGAAGCUUUGUCUCCUGCUUGAGAGGUGGACCCAAGCGUGUCCAGUGUCCAUAUCCACUUUUUACCCUUGAGCCCUCUCCAGGAAAUUGGGAUCCUGCUUUAGAGCUAGGGUGGGGUCUAAUCAUGCACGCAAGCAAGCAAGCACACAGGCACACGGGUGUUGAGGAAAUUAUAAAGAUAAAGCUGCCCUAGUGGGGACUAUGGGGGGAGGAAAGUGGGAGGGGGAAAGGGAGAGGGUUUAUUUUCACUGUGCCAAUUUAGGGGGUAAGGUCCCCUCUCAGGAGCCAUCCUUGGCUUCCCCAUUCCCACCCCCUAGGCUUUGUAGCAGGGGCGAGCAAUGCUGUUGGAAAUGUGAAGUCACCAGUGGCCUUACCCCUGCCUUUGGAAGCAGGAUUUUUUGUAGAGAGUCUUAUCUGAGCUGGACCAGGCUAGGUCAGCCUGGAGUUUUUAUGCAGUGGCCCCCUUAGGCCAGUGGUGUGGGUGGGGGGUAGAAGGGAUCUGAAAUGGCCAAGAUCUGAGCACAGAGCUGCAGAUAACAGAAAGGCUUUUUAUAAACUUUUAAAGAAAUAUAAACACAAAUAUAGAGAUUUUUAACAGUGGCAAGGUGCUAGUGAUGGAGAGAAUGCUUUUUCUUUCUGAAGGCUUUGUCAUAGUGACAUGAUACAAACACUACAGACAAUAUACUAGCUGAGACACAGGGAAAUGGGGGAGGAGUGAGAAGUAACAGUGAACAAGGAAGGGGAAGACCUCUUACCUGGACCAGGUCUAGAAAAAGGUCUGUGCAUAAUGCUUUAAAGUUUCCCUAAGGAAAAGCCAUAUCCCCUCAUUCUGUCAACUUGUGCUUGGGAGUGUGUGGUGUUGGGGUGCAGCCACACUCUUCUAGUGUGAGUUAGUGCUACAGUGGGAGAGUGCAUUGAAAGCCUGGAAUUAGCUUGGGGCCUGGGAAGGGGGGGAGAGAAUAGAAUGAGGGAAAGAUUUAGGGUGGUAAAGUUAGGUAUGGAGGCCUCCCUGCUCAAGGUCCCUUCCCUUCUUCCCCUUCCCUGACUGCAGGGGUUAUGUAGAAGUGUGUGGUGGCAGGCAGGGGGGAGGGGAGGAGCGUGGAAAGGGGUAGCUGAGAAGCUUGGCUGAGGGUCUGGGAAAUGAGCGCGGAUGGGGGAAUGUGGAUCAGGUUUACUAGCACCUGCCAGGGAAGCCAUCUGGGGCUCCUCCCCCCCAGCCCCCAAGCGGCCCCUCCCCUAGUGCCCUUUGCUUUGUCCUCUCCCCCGCCCCUGCUGUGGGUUCCCAUCAUUUCCUGUGUCAGUGCCUGGCCUACCCAGAUUGUAUCAUGUGCUAGAUUGGAGUGGGGAAGUGUGUCAAAUCAAUAAAUGAAUAAAUUCAAUAAAUGCCUAUAACCA